AUGAAUGAAUCACACAUCAGCUUCUUCACGUCGUUGUUUCCAUUCCCAAGAAGCACAGCUUGGAGGGCUUCCUCGAUCGCUGGUGGCCAUGGCGAGGCGAGAGAUCGAGAUCCCACUCUCUCGAUUCUUCGUUGUCAAGCUCACCAGCGGCUCCCUGAUGGUCUCCUCUGCGUUGAUCUUCCGCCAUUGAAGAAGAACCCUAGGUGCACGACCCUGUUUCCGCUAUUCGAGAUGAACCCGAGGUGCACGAUCCUGUUUCCUCUGUUCAAGAAGAACUCUAGGUUCACGAUCCUGUUUUGGCUAUUCAAGAAGAACCCUAGGUUCGAAAAUCCCCUUCGGACAAAGUGGAAGCGGUCCAAGCGGACGAUAACUCUUCAUCCUUUGCUGGUCCAAGAAUCUAAGCUGUUGGAAUUGGGACCAUGUCAACAGAACAGGUGCAUCAAGGGCUAAGCCUGAGCGAGCGUGGUAUGUAACUGUAGCAUGAAAUUCGUUGAUUUUUUUUUAAUUUCAUUAUUUUUAUUAGUUCGUUUUAUGCUUGCGAACAUUUUAUGUUAAACAGGUCUAUGCUUAUUAUAUGCUUUUUCUUAACUAUAUAUUCAAAUUGUGGUUGUUUAAAUAAAAAAUUUUAUUAUCUCAAUAUUUACAUUUUAGGCAAAUGCUUAUUUAGAUAUAUAUAUAUAUUUUGAAUUAGUCUCCUCUACUAGUAAAUUCUGGUUCCGCCACUGGAUCCAACUCUACUUCUUCGACACACCAAAGCCUAAGAGGAGAAAGGCCGUGAUUUAUAUAAAGAGCUUGAUGAACGGUCAUGAUCUUAUAAUGUAAAUCCUGUCAAUGAUAUAUAGAAUCUUUUUUCAAACAGUAAUGUGAUUUUGUUAUUAUUAAUGUUAUUAUUCACUAUUGAGAAUGUCCAAAUAUCUUAUGAAUAUUCCUGAGAUAUUUUGUAUAUUUGGUUAGAUGUAUUUUUGGUUAGGAGAUAUUUAGUGAAUGUAUUUCUGGUCAAGUGCCAGAUUUCAGGGGUGAUUUGGUAACUUACUAUAGUUAGUUAGAUAGCAAUAGAUAGCCUUGAUGUAUAUAUAUACCGUAAGAGUAUUCUUUCAAUACAUAUGAGAGAUUUUUCCAAUUGUUUCACUUCUUUAUGGUACCAGAGCAGGAAAAAUACCAAAAACUCUAAAUCACGCCAUCCUUGUUGAAGUUGCUUAAUUGGCCGAAGUAUAUUGUCACAACAGUAUCUCGUCAACAGUAGCAAGAUUGAUCUUAUGGCUUCCGAGAAUGGUGCACAAAAGGAAGGCGACUUGUCUCAUUCGGAUAACCUGGGAAUGACAAUCACAAACUGUUUAUUGAAUGAAGGGAAUUAUGAUAUGUGGGAGAAGGCAAUGACCAAUGCCUUGACGGUGAAGAACAAUGUUGGGUUCAUUGAUGGGUCAGUGAUGAAGCCUAAGGAUGGAACUCCGGAAGCGGUCAAUUGGAAGGCUUGCAAUUUGAUUCUCAAGUCCUGGAUUAUGAACUUGAUUGAUGUUUCCAUUCAACCGAGUGUGAAUUGUCAUGAGAUGGUGAAAGAACUUUAGGAUCUCCAAGAUCACUAUUCGAUGGGUAAUGCUCCUCGAGUUCAGCAAUUGAGGAGGGAAAUUAAGUUCUUUACGAUAGCGGGGGAUGACCGUUGCAUCUUAUUAUGCCAAGAUGAAGACUAUAUUGGAUCAACUGGGUGCUUACUCAAAGGUACCCAAGUGCAACUGUGGAGGAUGCACUUGUGGGCAGGCUCGUGAGUAUGCAUGUGAGCGAGAAGAGGAGAAACUUCAUCAAUUCUUGAUGGGGUUGGAGGAAGCUACUUUCGGGACCACUUGUUCACAAAUAUUAAACAUGGAUCCUUUGGCGAACAUUAGCAAGGUUUACUCGAUGAUUAUGAAGGAAGAAAGUCACCGUACUAAUAUCAGACAACAAGAAGAGCAUGUCGAGGUGGUGGCGCUUACCACUCAAAUGGCAAAACCGAAAGCAACAGCACCACCCACUCACGGAUAACAGCAAAGCAGUGGCCAAGGAGAACGACAUUGUUCCAAUUGCAACCAAUGAGGACACGAGGUAUCUGAUUGUUUUCGAGGUAAUCGGAUAUCCACCAUGGUGGAUGGGACCACAUGGUUGGGAAAAUCAGCCAAAUCAAAAGAACCAGGCUCUUCCCCGCGGUGGUGCUUUUCCUGGGAACAACAAGAGCCGCAACCAGGGUCGUGUAACAGCCCUUCAUACUGUUGGAAGGCCAUCCACAACUGGGGAUCAUUCUGAUGGAAACUCCAUGACUCUAAAUCUGAUGGGAGAUCAAGUUCAAAGGUUGUUAACUUUCUUGGAACAUGAGAAUUCCGAAUGGCUUUCUAGUAAGGUCUUAGAUGAAUUCUUUUGGAUAUUGGAUAGCGGUGCUUCGAAUAACAUGACAGGUGAUUUAGCAUUUUUGCAUGACGUAAAGGAGGUAAUUCUAAUACAGGUUAUAUUACCGAAUGGAACAACAACGACCGCAACCAAGAAGGGUCGGGUGGCAUUAUGACCACAUCUCGAUGAUUUCUGAUUGGAAUGGGUAAAAACAUCUUAGAAGGGCCUACAACUUCAGAUCAACAAGGUCACAUACGGCUUUGAAGAUUGGAAAUGGAGACUCUCAGUAAUUUGGCACCGGCGUAUGGGGCAUCAAGCAAGUUAACAUUUAAAUUUUAUUCCUAAAGUUGGUCGUUUGCAUUUUCAAGAAAAUUUCAUAUGUGAUUCUUGUUUUCGGGCAAAACAAACACGUUCCUCUUUUCCAUUAAGUAAUAAACGUGCUGCGAAAUGUUUUGAUCUAA